CGUUGUUCUUGCCGCCCGCCAGCUCCAAAAGUCUCCCUAGAAAGUGCCCAGCCAAGAUCGGAAUCGGUUUCGCAUCAUUGGAACAUUCUCCCUGUUCAUUUUGUGCCAGGAUGUUCGUUUGAAGCUCUCACCAUACCCACUCUUGUUUGAAGGCAGUGAAGAUGCAUCUGCUUUGGUUGCUGUGCGCUCUCCUGGGCUACUGGGCACAGCCAGCGAGUGCUGAAAUCGAGUACAAUACCAUCAACGAGGAUGGAUCUUUUCAGUUUCGACAUGCAAAUGAUGACAUUGGCGGCUACUAUCACAGCGCCUCGGGCACGCCAGACAACACGGUGCGAGGUCGUUAUGGUUCGCGUAGUCCAGCGAGCGGCCAAAUCGAAGAGACCGUCUAUACGGCCGGACCACGUGGUUUUCGCGUGAAUGGACCGAAGAUACACCGCAAAAUGGACUUGGCACAGUAUCCGGUGAGGCCGCGCGGUAGCCCCGACGACCCGCUGGCCGAUCCCUUUGAUGAUCCCUCCUACAGCUUCAGCUACCGCACGCCGGACCAGUCGAGGAGCGAGGAGAAUGAUGCAGGAAAUAGGAUCAGGGGUCUCUAUUCCUACCUGGAUGAUGUGGGAGAGCGUCACAGUGUGCGCUAUGCUGCAGGCGCCGGCACUGGCUUUGAGAUCUCCAAUGCCGUGCCCGACAAUCCCUCCAGCGUGGCCUACUCCAGUCCGCUGUACAAGGCGCCGCCCCGGACACGCGGCAAGAUGUCCGUGCAGCGUGGACCCGCGGGCAGCUACAAGCUGAUUGCCGCCGGACCGGAUCAUCGGCGUGCGGAGAGUCGUGCCCCGGAUGGCCUCGUGCGCGGCACGUACUCCUUCCUCGACGACAAGGGCGUGCAGCGCACGGUGGAGUACAUUGCGGGCGCGGGCAUUGGCUAUCGCGUGGUGCACAAUCGCAUUGGUCCGGGCACGCACAUAAAUCCCUCGGUGGCCGACUUCCGGCUGGCGGACACGGACUUCCGGCUGGCCAAUGACUUUGGCAGGGGUGCGGGCGGGCGAUUGGGCGGGGCUAGUGGUGGUGCAGGUGCCACAGAUUAUCUGAAACCCGGUGGAGGAGGCAGCAGAGCUGGCAGCAGAGGUGGUGGAGGAGCUGAUGGGCAGACUGCAGAUGGAAAUGGCGCAGCGGAGGAUGAUCUGGCAGCCGAUGGCAAUGGUGGAGGCGAUGAGGAUGAGGACAUUGGACUCAGCAGCACUUCCAGUGGUUCCAGCUCCUUCCGCGGCAAGGAGGAUCGCUGGGGCUACGCAGCGGGAAGCCCGCCCAGAGGCAGCACCACAUACGAUGCAGCAGAGAGGGAGAGGGGUGGCGGAGGAGGUGCAGGAGGAGGCAAGGCUGGCACACGCACACGCACACGCACAGGCGGAGGCAGCAGCGCCACGCGACAGAAGGGCUCCACGCGCAUCAAUGCCAGCGGCACACGCAAUCAAAAUCGCUUCAGCGGCAGGGGAGGCAGCGCGGAAAGGGGAGCUGGAGGAGCAGGCAAACACAGAGGCGGAGCUGCUUCCAGCGAAGGUGUGUCCAGCGGCGGCUAUCUGCCACCCACAGGAGGAGGAGGAGGAGGCUCAGGCGGAGGCGGAAGCAGCUCCACUGGCAGUGCCAUCAGCGGGCCCGGCGACAAUUACAACCUCAACGAUGACGAUGUUGGCAGCUCCCUGCCGCCCUUGGUCACGGCCAAUCAUCGCACACUGGAGAUCGAUCGGGAUAGGGACUGGGUGCUGCGGCAUCGCGACUCCACGGUGAUCAAGAAUGUGGGCAAAUGGUAUUUGGGACUGCCCCCGGGGCAGAGUGUCCGAGCGCACGUGCAGAACAUAGACAUUGUGCCGCUGGGCGGACGGGUGGGGCUGUCACCAUCGGAGGCAUUAAGGCAGGAUGAGAUUGCCGAGUUGGCUGCCUCCAGGGAGCAUUAGGCCCGGAAACUCCUACUCCUACUCCUACUCCUACUUCCCCUUGGAUACUUUUUUAGGUCGUAGCCAUAAGUGAUUGAUCAGCGUUAAGGCAGCAACUGUAACAGUAUUGAAAAGCGGAAUACAUAGU